GAUACAUACUUCUGUCAAGUGGAAGGUGAUAAAGAUUUCGUGCGUGCAACUGAGGCAGAGGGAAAACCAAUAAAUUGCACCAUUGCUGGCACAAAAGAGCAUAAAAAGGUCGCAAUAAGUCUUAUAGUUGCGCACGAUUCGGUGAAAAUUCCAAUAGCCAAUGCAUCUUUCCUAUUUUAUAAUUGCUCAACUUUUGAUAGGUGCGGUAAAUGUGUGGAAACCUUUGGUGCUAAUUGUACAUGGCACCCAGACAGUGGUACCUGUUCUUCGACUGAAGCUGAUGGACGAAAUAGAGUUUACCAGGUCAAAGAUUGCCCGCAUCUUGAAAGAAUACACUCAAAAUAUAUUCCAAGCGGAGUUGAAACAAAUUUGACAUUGGAGAUUGGAAACCUGAAUAAUUUAAAUAUAACUACAGAGUUUUCUAUUCAUGUGGAGUUCCAGCAAAAGCCAUUUGGUUGUUCUGAUAUUACUAAUGGAUCCAUCAAUUGUACAGUUAAUUGGAUGACAAGCAUGAAAAAGGAAACCUUGACUCUUGAAGUAUUUUAUAAAUUGAAUUCUGAAGGUCCCGGAGUUUAUCUAGACAAUCCAAACCAAAUUGAUGUAAUUGUGUACAACUGCUCCAUUCUUUCCCAAGGGAAAUGCAACUUUUGUAAUGCACUUAAGUCCGAAUAUAUAUGCCAUUGGCCUUUAAACUCUGGUGAUUGUAAGCACGGUCAAAAGGUGGGUGAAGGGUAUACAUGUCCUAUGCCAGAAAUACCUAAGAUUUUGCCUAGGGAUGGGUAUACCGGAGAAGGAACAAUAAUCACUGUGUAUGGAAAUGAGUUUGGAACAGAAAAUGAUACAAUUGUAUACGGAGAUACCUCUGUUAAUCCAGUUGUUGUUAAUAAAAGGUGUAUUUCGGUAAUUGAAAGCAACUACAGAGAUAGUACGGACGCUGAAGACUUUAAUCCAGGAAUUCGAGAAAGCUUUCAGUGUACACUAGGUCGGUAUAGCUAUGAUAAGCAAAAUAAAACUGGAUUUUCCAUUUAUGAUGUCAUGUACAAAUCUGAAGAACCAACGGUUUUGUUGCCCAUAUGGAAAGGGCAGGAUGAUGUGUAUGUGCAAUCAAUGGAACCCAAAAAAGGUCCGGCAAUCGGGGGAACAGUUAUUUCAUUAUUUGGAAAGAAUCUUGGUAUUGGUAAUCGAGUUGUUCAGAAUGUAAAGUUCCUGUCUCGAGAGGGUGUGCUUCCAACAAGUACCUGUAAACAUUCAAAAGUUCAAUCAGAACAUUUGGCUAUGACAGUUUUUGAAAACUUUUACGUCACAUGCGAAGUAAGUAUUGAUGUCGACAGAGAACCAGGAACAAAUAUGACAUUUAAGGAACUGGAAAUUCCAGUAAACCAGCGUAUAGAGGGAAAAAAUGUACUUUCGGAUCUGAUUUUCAAAUUUUUACCAAACCCUGAAAUUAGAAGCAUUCAUCCAACAAAGGGUUUCUUGAGUGGUGGUACAAUAUUAACAGUCAAGGGACAACAUCUGAACAGUUCGAAUGUUGGUACUGUAUCCAUAAGUAACGAAAAAGAGACACAGGAAAACUGCAUAAUAGAUCCCAAUUCGGCCGACCAAGUUCUCUGUAAAGUACCAAAUGCCACAGUUGGUGUGAGGAAUGCAUUAGAAAGUAACACGCCCUCCAAUAGCCAAAGGAAGAAAAGGUCAUCACACUGCGAUGGAUGUGUAACAGUUGAUAUUCUUGUAAAACUGGACGGUGUUGAAUCGCAUUUUACCAUUUCAUAUUAUCAUGAUCCUUCCAUCAACAAAUUUGAUGAAAAUGUUCUGCUUUACCAAACAGAUCAACAGUAUUUGGAAAUAAAGGGCGAAAAUCUUAACCUUGUUGCGGAGAUGCAUGACAUCAACGUUACGAUUGGAUUAGGUGAAUGUAAUGUUGUGGAGCUCACAGGCACUUAUAUGCGAUGCAAGGCCCCAAGUUCUCAACCACAGCCAGGGAUACCAGGAGCUACUUUGCCCGAAGUCAAUGUGACAAUAGGAAACAUACAAAGAACUGUUGGAUACAUUGAGUAUCAAAAGAAGUUCGAGAACGUCCUUAUCAUAGCCGGAGCAGCAGCUGGAACUGCACUGUUUCUUCUUGUUUUGGUGGUAGCGUUCUUUGUCUGCAAGUAUCGGAAGGUGGGAUCCAAAGCGAAAGCCCUGGAGAAACAACUAAACGACCUUGAAUUGGAAAUCAAACAUGUUGCAAAAGAGGAGUUCCUUGACAUGCAGACGUCCAUGUCGACAGUUAACCGUAACCUUAUAGAGCAAGGAUUCCCCUUCCACUCGUAUCAACAGUACGCGUGUAAUGCCAUGUUCGCUACCGACUAUCUGAUGUCAGAUCCUGUAGUAAGUAGUUACAAGAUGUCUGAUGAACUGCGGGCUCGAGCGAGGACAGGAAUGGAACGUUUCCAAGGUCUGCUUGAGAACAAGUUCUUCCUCGUUUCCCUAAUAACGACCAUGGAGAAACAGAAACACUUCUUUAUCAAAGAAAAAUCCAAUUUUGCUGGCAAUCUAUGCGCCAUCAUGAUGGGACGUAUGGACUACAUGCAUGAAGUGUUACAAGUUCUGAUCACCCAAUUGGUUGAGGACCCUUCUUCCAAGAGAGGCGUGAAAUCAUUGUUCAGAAGGAGUGAGAGUAUCACGGAGAAGCUUCUGAGCAACUGGCUGUCCCUCUGUUUGUACCCUCACCUAAAGGAUCACACCGGUUCACUUCUGUACCUGUUGUACAUCGCCACGAGGAAAACGAUGGAGGCUGGCCCUAUCGAUGCUUUAACCAACGAUGCAAAGUACACACUUUCGGAGGAGAAACUGCUCCGGAAAUAUCAAGGCUCGGCCACAGACGAGGAAACGACGGAUGUGAAGUUUGAGGCUAAAGCAUUGACAUUGAACGUAGUGGUCGACAAUGGAGAGGAAAUCUACCCAUGUAAAGCUCUCGACUGCGACACAGUUAACCAGGUGAAAGCAAAGUGUCUCGACCAGAUCUAUGUCAACUACCCGGCCUCGCAACUUCCCGUAGAUCCCACUGAACUUCUUCUUGAGUGGCAUGCCGGAUUCAGCGGACGUAUGAUACUUCGUGAUAAAGACAACACGUCCAAGCGUGAUGAUGAAUGGAUUCGUGUUAACACACUGGCGCACUACGCAGUGGCCGACCAAAGUAACAUGGCCCUAGUAGAUCCACGGAAUGCUGAGCUCAGUCAGCAGGAGGAUUAUGUGAACUUGGCACAGAUUGACCCUGGCUUCGAUGUCAACAGUAUGGGGUCAGACCAACCGUUGACUGCCGAGUGUUCCACUUCGCAUGACGAAGAAAACCCGAUGGAACUGAAACAGUGGCACUUGGUAUUUAAUGAUGAUGAUGCAAACAAGAAGGAGAAAUCUGCCAUUGAUGAGCUGUACUUGAACAGGCUUAUAACAACCAAGUUGUCACUUGUGAAGUACAUUGAUGACUUGUUCAGCCUGGUAUUGGAGAGCAGCAAGUGUCCUCCGCCUGUCAAGUUCCUCUAUGAUUUCCUGGAUGAUCUUGCAGAAAAACAAAAAAUAGAUCCCGACACACUACAUGCGUGGAAAAGCCAUAGCUACUCCAUUCGCAUCUGGGCCAUGCUUAUCAAGACACCGUCAAUUCUGUUCGAUAUCAAUGCCCCGUCCUAUGUUUCGGAGAGUCUGGAUGUGAUCAGUCAAGUCUUCAUUGAGAGCUUCAGUCGCACGGAACAGGCCGUGUCAAAGGAAUCGCCAACUCAGAAGCUUAUUUUCCGAAAUGAGCUGACGAAGUUCAGAACACAUGUUCAGGAGUUCUACAAAAAUGUCAAAGAGAACGUGCAGAAACCCGAUGAGCUAGGACAAUACCUGACAAGUAUUAACAGAAACCAACAGGAAACAACUUUCAACAAGAACGCAGCACUUUACAGAUUAUACGAGCAGAUCAAGCCAUAUACAGACGAGAUUCUAGACGACCUGUCAAUCUGCCAAGAGACCAGAUGUCUGCAGUUGAACAAGAAGUUAGAUGACAUAUUCUCUAUGAUGGAAGAAUAGAAAGGGAGUUUUUCGGAAUAGGGCAGUGUUUAACAAAACAAAGAUAUUUGAUAUUAGUGAUUUCAGUUUAAAGGUGUUUGCACAAAUAGUUGGUUCAUUCAGUAAACAAGACAGCAUUCCUUUCAUGAUAAUUGUUACAUGCAUUUAUUGAAUUAUACAAACAAAACGACCUUAAAGGCUAUCAUAAUAUUAUCUCCAUGACAUUAAAGAUGUAUAUACGUAUAGUUUGUGUAAAGUGAAGUUGUUUUUAUUACCCAUAAUGUACAUUGAAACGAAGUAUUAUACAACAAUUAUGUUACACGUAAAUAUUUCUAUGUAUAUGCAUGUUGAUAUAUUCAGUAUAUUGAGUUUUGUUUUAUAUGUAAUCAGAUUAUUGAUAAUAUGGAUUUAUAAAUAGAUUAUUGCAUUUAGAAAGAAUAUACAUGAACAGUUUUUGUAUGAUAUCACGCAUAUUUAAUUAUAAAUUGUGUUAUUCACAUUUGUGUGUUUUUCAAAAGUGCUAGUAUAAAGGUAUAUUUGAUCAUCUAGCUUUAUGUAUAAGCAACGCUCAAUGUAUUCUAAAUUUUCUCUAAUUUUAUACUAUCAUUUGUGAUUGAUUUUGUAAUGAUAACUGUGUGAUAUAUAUAAUAAUAUUAUAUAGUUUAUUGCUCAUUUAUUAUAUUAAAAAGUGCCUUUGUCAACGUCCCACAUUUAUCAUACUGUAUUGUUAUGUAUGCAAACAUUCCCUUGAUAUAUUUCUCCACAAACGUGUACAUUGUAUUUAUAUUUCCUUCGAUCAUUGCGGGUUAGACUGAUUGAUAUGUUAUUAUCUAUUCAAUGUUUGGUAUUUUUUUAUUAAUUAUAAGUAAAUGAAUCGUGUGAACUGUAUCAGCCAUCUUAGUGUUUCACAAAAGUAGCUUUAUGUAUAAUUAAUUUUUAAAAAUCCGAUUCUUACAAAUCUGCUGAUAAAUUGCGGAUAAAAUAGAAAUUAUAUCUUUUACCAAAACAUAUAUCCACAUAAAGCCUAACUUAUACUGCCUGUUUGACCUGGAUAAGGUUUUAAAAUCCUUUGAUCUCGAAUAGAUUUUGCCAAAACUUUUUUUCUGCAAUUAACAUGGACGAGUAAAUUAGUCCCAAUGGUCCAUAUUCAUCAACAACCCGAGUCUGAGAUUGAGGCCCACACUCACAAUAAUACAUCAUGUUCUUGCGUGUUUCUCACAAAGAGUUGAGUAUUGAAAAUGUAGAAUUUAUAACUUACACAGCAAAUUUUCAACAAGCUAUUUUGACAAUAAACUGGGUCCAUAAUGACCAAUGUCUUGAGUCUGAAAUACAGAUUGUCUUAAGUACAUUCUAAAACUGCAUGAGAAGAGCAUUCGUUGUUCAAAGCAUUGACUAUUUUAUAAUGAACACAUUUUACAGUGCUAUAAACUUAUCAGUAAUAAUUAGAAUCUCAGAUUUAUUUUGCUUCUCAGACUCGGGUUCAAGACGUUAUUCACUAAAGGCCCAUGUACGUGAACGUACAUUUUAUACUGUAUAUAAUGAUACUGUUUUCGAAACAUCACACUGUUCUCAUAUCUAUUGAAUAACAUCAUACUUAAAUAUAUGAUUUAGCCAAAUCAUUUUGAUAUCUCAAAUAUAUAUUGUUAGUUUAAAAACAGUUUUAAUCAAAUGUGUCAAAAUGCCUACAAUGUAACUUUGUAUAAGAGUUCCUUGCCAUUCCAGCCAGCUUGCUUGUUUCAAAAUAUAAUUCGCUACAUACCAGAGCAAAGCCGUCUACAGCUCAGAAUGAAAUAUUUGAAACAACGAUGUUAUGUUAAUAUGUUAUUCACUUGUUGAUGUGAUGGCCUCUCUAUAAUAAAAUAUAUGUGGUAUGUUAAUUUCUCAUCGAAAUUCAGGAAAUCUUCACUAACUUAAACGCACUAAGAAAAAGUAAUUGAAGAUAGAAAUAUUUUGAUCAUCAUUUUUAUAUUUUGUUCCUCAUUCUUUCUGCAAAAGUUAUCAAUUGCUUUACACAGAUUUUAUCAGAAUGGGAUAUACGUGUACUGUUGUGAUGCGGCGUCGUUUGCUGCAUCAUUGCGGCGUCAGUGUCACACACCUGUUCCCGAUCAAUAACAUUUCUAUUGUUGUGGAGUCCUUAUGUUUUUGGUAAAUGACCUAUUUAAUUUUGGGAUCAGUCAGUCAAAGGUCAAAGACAUGGUCACCUAAUUGAUAUAUGAUGGAUACCUUCGAAUGGCGACACAUCCUAUUUGCCACAUACUUGAAAUAUACUACUGUUGAACAAUAAAUGUAUCUGUGAUUGUAAAUUCAAAUUAUGAAUAAUUUCUUAUGCUUGCCAAAAUGAUGAUGAGAUUUUAGUUAAGUUUCAUUUUUUUGUCUGAAUGAAAUCAACGUUAAUAGCUUUUUGUAAUCGUUUGCAAUGAAGCUUCCAUUGAUUUGAUAAGAUGUAAUUGUUUAAGUGAAAUAACUUGCUAAAAUUUAUUGUUUACAUUUGUAAUUGUCAAAUAGAUUGCUAAAAUGAAAUUUUUGGAAUUGUUUGGAUGUAAUUUUGUAUUGUAUUUGUUUUGUUUUUAUGAUUUUCGCUUGACUGCAUAAAACUGAACUGUUUGUUUAUUAACCUGAAAAUCAAUAUCGCCAUAUUGUAACAUCUUUACUGUAUUCAUCAUUUCGGAAUUUGCUUUGUUUGUUUACAAUACAUAUUUUUAGCUUUAAUAUGCGAAGAAUUAGGAAGAAUAAGGAAAGUUAUUCUAUGCACUCUAGAGUUGGUGUCACCCACGCCUUCGGUGUCACACCUUGGUUAAGGUUAUGCGUGUAAGCACGUUAAAGUCAUUAUCUCAGCAAAUACAUAAUAUAUUGCAUUUAAACAUUCGAUAUGUUCUCCCUACCAUCCCUCCCACUUCAUUAAUUGAAUUAAAAGGAUUUGCGUGAAGGACACUUACCGGUAAGUCAAUAUCACAGCCAAUACAUAUAUUGCAUUGAAUCACACAUGGGCUCUCAACCAUCUUAAUUUAUCAAGAUAGAUAACUCUAUCUGGUCUUUAAUAUACAUUUUGACCCUUGAUUAUAAGACUUGGAAAUUCUGGUAAAGGUUUUGCAUUUAAGUCUCAAUAACUGUGAUUCAUGCAUGUUUCAAUAUAACAUUUCAACCGUUCAAUGCGGCGGAAAAGUCGAGCGCGCUGUCCCUAUGACAACAUUUUUUUUAAAUAAACAUCAGUCAAUUGUACAGACCUGGAUAAUAUAUAAUAUCAAGAAUUUCAAUUGGAUAACAGUUUAAGUCACGUUUUGAAUCGUAUAGGCUACAAGUUAUUAGUUUCGAAUUCGGUAAUAAAACAAUUCAGAAAUAACCAUUGAAGCGACCACACUCGUAUUACGUUGGUUAGAUGGCACAUUAUGCUAAGUGCUUGUUGUGUUUCACUCAUGUUUGUUUUUCGAGUAAUUCAGUGUGUCCUUUUUUCAGUUUUUUUCUUCUCGUUGAUAUCAGUUGUUUGAUUUCAAUAUAAUGUUCAAUAUAUUAAAACUUCGAGAGAAUUCCCUCUACUUUUAAUAUUUAUCCUAAUUGAAAAUAUUUAUCAAUGUUAUUUUUGUGCUUGUCUAACGGAU